AUGGCUCAUCUCGAAGUUCCCGUCUUCUCACCAGCCUCUGCGCGAGUCGCCCUUACUAAGGCAAAUCGCCUGGAGCUCAAUCGCGCGGGCUCAUACCCCCAGGGAGGUCUUACGCCUGAAACGCUCGAUGUGCAGAGCCUGUCGUCGGUGGCCGUGCCCCUGAGGAUAAUGAUCAGGCCACGUGGCCCCCCAGACGAGGGUCCCGACUUCAUCUACUCCGACGGCGAGCUUGAGGAGAUGAGACGGGACGUCCAGAGAUUCAAAGACUCUGGAUACUUGCGCGCAGAAAGAGGCGACGGCUUCGUGUUUGGAAUCUUGAAAGCAAAGGAUGGCGGGGUGGGAGCAGGUCUGCUCGUCGAUGUCGACCGGAAUUCGGAGCUCGUCCGGCUGGCGAGCCCCUUCAAGUGUGUCUUUCACCGGGCGUUUGACGAGGUCUUGGGCAGCAGCGGCUCUUCCGUGGAGGAGGCACUGCAGUCUGUCAAGGCAUGCGGGUUCGACGGUGUGCUCACCUCGGGCGGCCCAGGCUCGGCGGUCGACAACUUGGACGUGCUAGGCCGGGUCAUCCAUGCUGCUGCCACCGAGCACAUCGAGGUCAUUGUGGGAGGUGGCGUCAGGAGCUCCAACGCACGGGUUCUAAUAGACAAGCUGCCACGACCCGAGGGCUCACGCGUCUGGUCUCACUCAUCCUGUUUGACGAAUCAGUCGGUGGGUUCUGUUGAUGUGGACGAGCUCAAGAGUCUCGGGAACAUCCUGUCUUGA